AUGCGUCUUCUAGCUUCAUCAACCGUCACUUUCGAAGAACUUGCUUCCUUGGAGUCCCUUAUGAUUAGCUACUACAAGAAGCAAGUCGCAAUGACUACCGAUCAGGAAGUCGCUUUGGAGGCUCGGGUCAUGAUCACUUCACCAAAUUUAGUCACCAUGCCGGCUGAAAUUCUCUUAGAGAUCACACACCACGUCCCCCAAUCUUCCCUCGGUGAUGUAGCUCAUACUUGCUCUAAGCUUCGAAACCUUGCCAAGAAGCAUGGGCCAAGUAUCUGUAACAAGAGCGUCGCCGCAUACCACUCAACUGCCAUCGAGUUGUUCAAGAUCGAAAAGCAGAACGCUUCGAACUGGUACCUCCCAACCAGAAAACUCUUCCUUGAAACUGAUUGCCUCGCCCGAAACCGCAUUACCACCAAGUACAAGAUGCCACGCCACAUCAAUGGUCGCAUGCACAUAGUCCCAGGCCGAACAUACAUGAAGGCACACUUUGAAGUGGACUUGCUGCUUCCCGGUCCCCAGCUCUGCAAUUUCCUGGAUGUGCACAACCAAGGCAUUCAAGCCAUGCGUCGCCAAUUCCUCACAAAGACCUUUGAGACAAAGGAAGACAAGACAAUGACGGAAGAGAACUUCAUCACAUGGAUUGCUAACUGGGCCAUCGUCCCCCCUAUCUAUAACAAGGGAGCAAAAAAGAUGGGAAUGGCAUGGUACUACGGUCCGUUUAGUGCUGGCCAGUUGAAGGGUGGUGAAUAUAUCACUGUGCCUGUUGCCUUCCCUGCUGCUUCCCUGCCGCCUCGAUGA